AUGUCCCAGGCAGAGAACACGGAAAAUGAAAGAAACAUCGUUUGCUUCUUCCUUUUCGGAAUCCUGUCCUUAAUUUACGAUGAAAUUUGCCUGAUAGCAGCCGAGGAUAUUCUUGCUGGAUCUAAAAUCGCUACCACAACAGUAAUUCUAUCCAUCGCGAUACCAGUUCUUUCCGUGAAAGUCAUCGCUCCCUGGUUUUUCCAGCGCGUGUCGUAUAUGAAGAAAAUCGCGCUGGUGGUCGUGUUUCUGAUAGGGGGACUGGGAACGCUAGUUUAUUCCCCACACAUCCCAGGAAGACUAGCGGGCGUGGGUGUGGUUGAGUCUGGCGUGGCUACAAGCGAAAUCACGUUCCUCUCACUGACUGCGUUUUAUGAACAUAUCACAGUGAGUGCGUUUGUGGCUGGUGUCGGAGUUGCGUCAUUCGUUGGACCUCUUUAUUACACCAGUAAGUAUAGGCAAAUCAUCCACGUUUUCAGUAUCAAAGAAUUACUGGAAAGACCACUAUGCUCUAAACUGGCUGAAAGUUUUUGGCGCGAAAGAUGAUUCAGUCUACAAUAGUGUGAGAAUCUUACGUGCUCUGACCAAUCAAAGAUAUAGAAGCUUUCGGCCCUACAUCGUCCCCAGUCGCACGCGAUCACUUUUUGAGGGGUAAAAGGAGUGCCCACUCCCUUCUUUAAGCUAGGCUGCAUUUUCCCAGGCAGCCUUAGUUUCUAACCAAAGGGCCUAAGCCGGUCACCUCUUGGUGUCUUUCAAAGUCUAUAUAAUGCGUACAAAUUAACUAAUUUUUGACUACUUUAAAAAUUAAUCAUGAUCGUUUAAAACACAUUUAAAUAAAUAGUAAAAAGCAAAAAACAAACUAACAAAAGUAAUUCAUGAUCCUACGUCACGUUAAUACGCUAAGAGGAAGUUGAUUGUCAUUGGCUUAUUUGAUUGACAGGUUUGACAACAUGGACAUGCCUAUCACCACGGACAACUAUCAUGGUCACUAUACCAUGGCCCCUUUUGUUUCUCCUUCUCUACGCUCUCUUGGACAAGGGGCCUAUCAGGAAAAAAGAACCGUCAAUCGGAAAUGACGUCAUUCUACCAAAAGGAGACAACUUAGAGGAUAAACAAGGAAGUUUCGUUCGCGACAGAUUAUUAGUCGCUAAGGAAAUAUUUCCUUAUAUCUUAUUCCUUCUGAUUACAUACUUUUCAGAGUAUAUUUCGAAUCACGCCAUUAUAACAACGAUAGCAUUUCCAAACGCACCGUUCAAACCUCGGGACCAUUAUCCAUACUACAUACUUUCUUAUCACAUCGGCAAGUUUAUGGGCCGUUCACACUUACUAUUAGUUUCCGCUGUUUGUCCUAAACUAGUUCAACACGUCAGAAUCAGACGGACGUGGAUUUUAGCGUUGAUAGAGUUUCUACACGGGGUUUUCUUCUUCCUCGCGUCUUGGUUUCGAUUUGUACCUCGUGUGGAAAUCAUUAUUGCCUUAUGCGCGACCGAGGGUUUUACAGCGGGCUCGAUGUACUUGAACUCAGCUCACACUGUUUCAGAUAUGAUUACUGAUCCCGAAAGGAGGGAGUUCGCACUGUGUUUGCUGACUGUGGGUAACGCGUGUGGAAAGCUCAGCGCAGGGUUAUUAGGUUUAUUCCAAGAACCUUUUCUUAUGAAACACUGCAUGGAGGAUUUAAAGCUGGGGCAAUACUGUUUGACGAGACAUGCUCACAAAGCAGGGUGGAAUAAAAAUUUGCAUUGUUAA